GCAUCACCAUACAUUCCAGAGCCUGGCGCAAAUGUGCAGUACUUUGGUAACAUUUUUGAGGCGACAUGGCACCUUUCAGAAAGACCAUUGUUACUUAUAAUCUCUCCCAUACUCGAGGAGGCCAGCAUUGUAGCCAAAAUCACUGUUAUUACAACAGUAUUUGAGGAAACACGUGCCAGACUUUUACCAGUACCCAGAAUUGACAUUUCAUUUGUCUCCCGGGCAGAAGAUGAAGACCCAUAUACUGUUGCACUUUUCACUCUUGAACUUGAAUCUGAAUGGCCCAUUUACGUUGACAGUAUGAUGAGAUAUUUUAUUGUCAAUGGUCUCCAGAAGGCCAUUCUUGGCGUCUGCAUUAUGUCUGCACCACUCAAAGUCACCCAGCUCAGAGCAUGCAAAUCUCAAGCAGAGCUAGACCUUCUGAGAUGUGCG